GCCCUUGACGAGGCCAAGGCCCACGCUGGGCCCCCACACAUUGCCCGUCUCCAUCAUCAUCUCAAUCAAGCUGUUCAGCGCUGAGACACCACUUCUUCCCGACACAGUCCAGGUGCCUUGCAUGCAACUUGUCUUGAAUGAAAGACACGAUUCCUAAUUACUCCCUCUCUAUACUCUCUCCCUUUCUAACCCGCUCCCCUCUCAUUCUUGCCCUUAUUCUCCGAUCGCGGUUGCCCCUCCUGCCCACGUCCAGUUCUCUCUCACGAGCAGUUCCAAACACCAACACCGUCUGAAGCCGCCGAUAUCAUCCCUCCGUAUUCGCCAAAGACGAACAAGCCUCCGCUAGGUUGUUUUGCCUUGAAAUUUUACACAGCGGCGUGGAGUUCGUUCGCCAUUCACAUCGAGCGUCAUGGCCUCAACAUUCCGGCCUGUGAAUUCGCCACUGGCGAUUAAAGUUGAAAAACAUGACGAAAGCGCACCGUCUCCAACGACACCUACUCCGACAAAGACUACCUUUGGCCAACGCCCUCUUCCAAGCUCACCCUUUCCCCAAACCGUGCAAAUACCCGAAAGUAUUGAAGAGAUCGAAACACCACAGCGCGAUAAUUCACAGGUCACUCGAACACCGCGGGGAGACUCCGAAGAUGUGGAUAUGAACGACUCUGAUGGAGAAGCUCACGGACACGAAGAUAGUACCGGAUCCAACGACGAGGGCGGGAAUGCGGACGGUGCAAAGUCGAAUAAGAAGAAGAAGUCUCAGCGCUUCUAUUGCACAGAGUAUCCACCGUGCAAACUCAGCUUUACACGCAGUGAACACUUAGCCAGACAUGUCCGGAAACAUACCGGUGAACGACCAUUCAAGUGCCACUGUCAGAGGCGGUUUUCUCGUCUAGAUAACCUUCGACAACAUGCGCAAACCGUUCAUGUCAACGAAGAUAUACCGCUUGACUCGCUUGCUGCGACAGGGACUCGAUUCCAAAGACAAAUCAGGACAGAUAGAGUAAGACAGCCAGGUCGGGCGCGAGCUUCAACUGCUGGAAGCAUUGGUGCACCGGUACGGGGCCAUUCAAAGUCUCUUUCUACUUCAAGCAUUAGCUCUGUUGGGUCCAACUUCAGCACAAGAGACGAUAUCCGGCGCCGUCCGCCGGCCCUGGCUGUUGCGGAUUAUCGAUUUCCAUACCCAUCCGAAUCCUACCCUCAUCGGCCACCUUCACCCGGCGAUUUCAGCACACCUACGUCAGCCACAUUCUCUACUGGUCAAAACAGUCCUCAUUGGGGACCUGCCAUCGUUUCACCUACCUCAUCACAUUCGCGCUCUCGCAGCUUGUAUCUCGACUCCCAAGUUCCUCCCGCUCGACGUCUCAGCAUACCGUCGGGUGUAAUACCGUUACAAUCCCAGCUCAGCUCGAGUCUUGGCGGCCCGUCGUUUGGGCCCAGGUCUUCUGAUACUACUAAUGGAUCCCAACCAACCCCAUACUCGCCAUCCAUGAGUACUGUAGCUUCACCUACUACUUCUGUGAUCCCAUUUACCCGACGAGAGUCUAUUUCAGUUACGGAAGAUUUGCGCCGGCGUACGUGGCAUCCAGAAUCGAAUAAUUUCAACCCUAGUCCUGGUAGUCGUCUAAGCCAAGUACUUGGGGAUUCUCAAUAUUCAAGUUCUUCUCAGAAUCAUGGGCAAAUGCCCAUACAACAACAACCACCUCCUAGUCCAGUUCGCCUUCCUAGUAUCUCUUCCUUUGACCUGCCCCGCCGACCUGCUUCCCCUUUUAGAGAGAAUGUCUCUACGAUGAUCAGUAGACCUGACGUGCUCCACCCCCCACCAUUGCUCCCAGCAAAUGCGCAUCAAUCUGAGGAAAGGGAAAGGUGGAACUCUCCAGCUUGGGCCAUGGAUCUUCAUAAAGGGUUGACUCGCCUUGGCAUCGCCUCUAAUCCUGCCCCUCCUGAUAGCGCUAGCACCUGGGCUCGUGAGGCGAAUCAAGCCAUGGACGCGCAAGUUGAUCAAGUUCGAAUGAACCCCCACACCGUGAGGUUCCACGAAUCCGUCAUGGUUCAGAACCCACCAAGAUCUACUCCCCCUCGAGUGUCGCACCAGUAUACAAUGUCGGCACCUUCAAUAACUAGUUCCCGCGAGUCGAAGCGGCGUGCCUGGCACCAAAGCGGGGAAAUGCCUCCAGAAAAAAUCACUCGCCUUGAUCGUAUGGUCCAUCCCAACAUCAGAGAAUUCUCAGGUUUCCCGGCGAGGGACAAUACUUCUCGCCCAACCCCCCGAGAAGAAGCCCCCGGGGAACGGGGUAUGGGCGCUCUAGAGACUCUCGUUGCGGUUGCCACAGGCGAAGGAAACGCAACCAAAGCAUAUUAGAUGAGGGUCGAACAUCAUACGAUGGUCAUUGGUCUCCUAUCAA